CCAACCGCCAUGAAUUUAUGCGCUCUGGACCUGUCAAAACAGCCAGUAACCUAUAGAACAGUAAGCUAACUACUCUCUUCAUACACUGUAACUUCCCCCUCAGCAUGAUUAUCAACCGUUAUAAUCUGUCAAUCCACUGAGUUUCGACUUUGAUGACUACAUAACACAACAAGAGAUCCGUUAUAUGAAAGCAACCAAGGGACUACAUUUCGAAGCAUGCAUGUGAAGCGUGUUGUAGCAUUUAGCUAAUCAGUGCUUCACCAGACUGGUCCGCCGACAUGGCCGACGUGACUACGCCGAUACCGAUCUCGGUUGUGCAAGGUCGAUAUCUUCUCUUCGAUACACCGACUAUCGCAUAUCUGCGGCGUGAGCACAACGUCUGUGGUGUACUGAUUGGUACCAUACCCCACGUAUCGCAACAAAAUGUCUUCCUCGGUGUGCCUCUCGAGCUCAUGCCUGAAGAAGCCAGAGUUCUUGUUGAAAAGGGCGUUGCGUACCUCGUAGACGAUGCACUAGCGCAUCGAGAAGGCAUCUGGGGGAUGAGUGCUGAAGAGCAGAGAGUGUUCAAAAGUAUCCUCGCGACACAGGGCCGUGAGCUUUCUUUAGCUGGUAAGCGCCAAGCAGACAAGAAGAGGGAAGAGCACUUCAAAAGGGAGCGAGAGAAGAAAGGUAAGGCGAAGGACAAGCCUGCGUCAGGUGAUCUUCUGCAUCUCGGUGUCGACGAAGAGCCUAGUAGCAUUGCUUCUGCCACGGAGUCUUCUCAAGGUGCUCCCACGGAGACAGACGACGAUGUGUCUCUGUUCUCUGGCGCCCCGUCUACUCCUGUCAAUGCAAAGCCUGAGCUCGACCUGCUUAAAAAGGUCGAUCAAUGGCACAUUACACCUAUGACAUCGCACCCACCUUUACCAAUGCAUGCCGAAUCCUCGCUGCCUCUCCCGGCGGUCGGCAGCUCUUAUCCACUUUUCUCCCACCUCUACAAGAAGGGCUACUUUAUGACUCCCGGGCUCCGUUUCGGGUGCAAGUACUGUGUGUACCCUGGCGACCCGCUCCGGUAUCACAGUCAUUUCCUAGCAGUCGGCAAGGACUGGGACGAAGAGUUCAACCUGCUCGAUCUCGUUGGAGGUGGUCGGCUAGGCACGGCGGUGAAGAAGGGCUACCUUGUAGGAGGUCGGGAGCCACAGUCCGAGACAUCAACACAGCCCGAUGAUGCGGUAGACGUGCGUACUUUCUGUAUUGAAUGGGCUGGGAUGUGAGAGUACACUUGCUUGUCCCUGCUUGGAGAUAUCAUAGUCUAGGAGUGAGAACAAUCAAACAAAUGUAUCAAAUACAAGUCUCGAGCGAUUGAUAAUAAGCAUUAUCCAAACAUAAUACACACAUCCUAC